ACUUUUAUCUACUGCAGUUUUGUUUCGUAACUAAUACCGGACCCGGAAACGGCUGCCUCUCUUUGUUCGAUUUCUUUAUUCUUUCAAAGCCUCGUAAUCAUAUUCCAUAAAUAGCACUAGUGCGACGUUCCAGCUGCAUCAGAAAAUUAAACACAAGAUAGAGAAACUGAAGCCAACUUCAGGAAGAGAGAGACAAGAUACAAAAUGGACCACUCAUCAUCAUCAUUAAUGUUGUCACUAGUUCUCCUCAUCACAACUACAAUAAUGUUUGGCCGCGCUGAAAGCCACGACUUACCAGUCGUGUGCCCUCUUCCGACCACAGGCUCCAUCUGCACCGCGGGCCCCGAGAUCGAGCACGGGCUGCAGGAGCAGGUACUGACGGAGGCCAAAAACAACCCAGGGGUCUGCAAAGUUCACUAUUAUGGCGACCCAGCGAUUCCUCUCUACUCGUUCACGUACUGUCGAGGGGACAAUUCCAAGUUCCAGUGCAGCAAGUGUUUGGAGGAAGCCGUUGGGGUCAUAGCAAAGAAAUGCAACAACAAGCAUGGCGCUCAGUACACGAAACCCGCGGGGAGAUGUUGUAUUCGGUACGAGAACUACCAGUUCUGCCCACUGUCAUGAUUUCAGCAAAUGUUUUUGGAUUGUAGAUGCAUGUUUCAUCAACUGGGGUAACUUGGCAUAGUUGAUUAAUUAUAAGUACCGUAAGAUGAAUAAUAAUACGCCGGCUGCUGGCAGCAUGGGUAUAAUGUUGUUUCUUUGUUUGAUUGAAAUGGGUAUUACGUACAAUGUUGGCUCCUGUUCCGCAGGUUUUAAUUGGUUUCAUCAUUUUCCUUAUUUCCUCGUUUCCUUUCCUUGUGUAAUAUCGUUUCGUGGUUUUUUCUUCGAUAAAUAUACGUACACUAG